UCUAAAAUCAUUCAAAAUGAAGGCCGCUUUCUUCACCAUCGCCGCGUUCGUCGCCACAGCUUUCGCCGCACCUGCUGGUGUUUCUGAUGCUGUCAAGACCGUUGACGACAUCGUUUCUACCGACCUCGGCGUCAAGCAAAUCACCGAUAGCUUGAGUGCUGGUUCCAAGAGCAGCAUCACUGACUCUGGAGAUGUCGUCCAGGCUCUUGAGGGCCUCUUCAGUGGUAUCCAGACCAACACUGGUGCUUUAAACUCCACCGUUGCCAGCUUCCAGAAGGGCAAGAUCUCUAAGAAAGAGGCUCAGACCUCUGCUCUUGGAGAAGUUGAGAACAUGAAAUUCAAGCUCUCCGAGAUUGUCACCGACCUCACCGGUGCCGCCGGUCUCGUUGUUGCCAAGGGUGACGUCGACAAGGUCCUCAACCUUGUCGUCGCUCUGUUGGCUGAGGUCUUAGCCACCGUUAAGGCUCUUGUCACUAUCCUUGGCAUUACCCCUCAACUCACCGUCGCUCUCAAGGCCGUUUUCGGUAUCGUCGCCAACCUUCUUGUUCUGUUGAUCGGCCUCCUUGCUGGUCUUCUCCCCGGCCUUGUCGCUGCCCUGAGCCCCCUCUUGGCUGCUCUCGGCAACGGUCUUCUCGCCCCUCUCCUAACCCCCAUUGUUGCCCUUCUUGCUGCUUUGGCCGGACCUGGCCUCGCUUAA